AUGAUUUUCCCAGAAAUUGAUUUUGUCGAAGAAUGGAACAAAAAGUAAGUUAAAUUGUAAAAAAUAAAGCAUUAAAAAUUCAUUUUUAGACAUAUUGAAAUGAUUCGCUUGAUCAAGCCGAUCGAUUUGGUUGAAAUCAUUCAAAAACGACGGAUCUCUUUCGAAAUGCCUGCUCAUUUGUCCGAGAAGAAAUACCCCCCAGAUGAUUGGGAUUGGCACGGUAAAUGUUUUCAUUUGCUGUCAGAACUUUGCAAUUUUCAACCACCAAUUCUGAAACAAUUUCUAAUAUAUAUCACAAAGUUUGAAAAUAUUUCAGAUCUGAAGAAGAAAAUAUUUCACAAUACGGAACUUUCACUGUUGAGGGCGAAAAGAUGGGAUUUGUAAAAUGCAGACAAGUGGAGAAUUUGAAGUUUUUCAAGUUCGUUUUGAGAGAUGAGAAGAAUACACGAGUGGUGUCGAUUUAUAUUUUAGAGAGUGGUUCGGUUGAUUUUACGAGUUGUAAAACAAGUAGAGCGUCUCGUAAGUUGUGAUAUCAUAGUCUUGGAUUUCAAUGAAGAUUUUCAGCGACUGAUGUUCAAUAUAUUCGAAAUAAUCUGAAUGGGUCUACGAAAAUUGGAGCAUAUAAACGAAUGGCUGAAGAAGGAAAAAGUAUUUUCAAUGAGUCAAAUCACAAACCAAUCGAUCACUCACAAAACCGUGGUUAA